AUGGCUAACACUGCUGCUGAGAAUGAGGCAGAUUCAGGCAGUGGUGUAGCCACGACCCACGUAAAACCGGAAGAGGAUGCAGACCAAAACGAAAGCGAAUCGGUGACAGGCUCCAACAUUAAUUACGAUAACGAAGGAUUCAAAUGCACCAAAUGCGAUUUCGAAGCUAGCACCCAGGCUGCUUUAACCGUGCACAUCUCCCAAGUUCAUAGUACUAGCGAAGUUGAAAUGGAGGUUGAAACGAAUAAUAACCCCCCUCCAGACCGAGUGCACCGCAAGAUGUUCGAGUGCGACGUCUGCAACAUGAAAUUCUCGAACGGCGCCAACAUGCGUCGUCACAAGAUGCGCCACACUGGAGUGAAGCCAUAUGAGUGUCGAGUGUGUCAGAAGAGGUUCUUCAGAAAAGAUCAUUUGGCAGAGCAUUUCACCACACAUACCAAAACGUUGCCGUAUCAUUGUCCUAUUUGUAAUCGGGGUUUCCAGAGACAGAUCGCCAUGAGGGCACAUUUCCAGAACGAGCAUGUGGGACAGCACGAUUUGGUCAAGUCGUGUCCGUUGUGCAGUUAUAGGGCUGGUUCCAUGAAGAGUUUGAGAAUACAUUUUUUUAACAGACACGGCAUUGACUUAGAUAAUCCGGGUCCGGCUGGAUCUCAAGCCUCCUUAAUAGCUGCCGCCGCCCAACAAGGCUUCGCGAUGGACGGCACUUUAAACUCCCUCAAUCAGUUGACUAGCAGCCUUUCUGUCAGCGUUACGGGGGCCACUUACAGCGAUUCCGGCGAUUCGACGGGUGCCAGAUCGACGGAUAACGCAACACCGCCCAUGCAUUUUUUGACGCCACACGUGGAGAUAUCGAUGACGGACGCGCCUGUACCUGGUUUCCCACCUUCACCGGGGGAUAAUAAUAACUCGAACCAACCUGGUCAGAGCGGUGAUUCGCAACGCAUGAACGGCGACUGCCCGAAUUCUCCUCAAUCUGCCGAUUCGAAUUCUAAUGCACCUUCCAGCAGUCACAUUCAACCAAAUUGUUUGAGAAUCGAACAAGAAACCAACAUUACUCCAUCCAUAUCGUUGAUACCGAUCAAACAAGAACCUGGCGAGGAGUAUGAGCCUUCCAAGAGGAACGGACCCGUCAAUUUGAGUACCUCACCAUCAGGAAGCAUCCAAAUGCAAACGGCGACUUCGAGCAGCCUCAGCUCGCUGAUCAAGGUGUCGCCGUUGAAGAGUUUGCUCAGAGACGACCUAAAGCGAAAAAUAAUAUCGCGAAGCGGUUCCAGCGGACGGGGGCGAUCUACAGCAUCGCCUGGUGCGAAUUCCGAGUCGGCCAACGAUUCCGCGAUAUCCACCAAUGGGACGAUCACGUCGACGGGGCCCGAACAGCCUUCGGAUUCGUCGUUGUGGAGGAAUUUAAGUAAAAGGUCACUCAACGGAUUGCAGUGCGUCUUUUGUGGCAUAGGAUUUCCGGAUCAGACGCUGUACUUUCUGCACAAAGGCUGUCAUUCAGACGCGAAUCCUUGGAAGUGCAACAUUUGCGGCGAACAGUGUUGCAACGUCUACGAGUUUAACUCGCAUUUAUUAAGCAAGAGUCAUCAAUAG